AUGAACGUCAUUGAAUGGGCCUUCGGUAAGCGCAUGACGCCCGCCGAGCGUCUGCGCAAACACCAGCGAGCCCUUGAUCGGACCCAGCGCGAACUAGACCGUGAGCGGACGAAGCUAGAGAAUCAAGAAAAGAAACUGGUGCAAGACAUUAAGAAGAGCGCCAAAAAUGGCCAGAUCGGAGCUUGCAAGAUUCAGGCCAAGGACUUGGUGCGGACACGAAGAUAUAUUCAGAAGUUCUACCAGAUGCGUACACAGCUACAGGCCAUUUCACUCCGUAUCCAGACCGUCCGAAGCAAUGAGCAGAUGAUGCAGUCUAUGAAAGGCGCGACGAAACUUCUGGGCGGCAUGAACCGACAAAUGAACCUCCCGGGUCUCCAGCGCAUUGCAAUGGAAUUCGAGCGCGAGAACGAAAUAAUGGAUGAACGACAAGAAAUGAUGGAUGAUGCGAUCGAUGAAGCUACCGGCAUGGAAGGAGAGGAGGAGGAAGGGGAAGACAUCAUCAAGGAAGUUUUGGACGGAAUUGGUGUCGAUCUGGGACAGCAACUGGGCGAAACCCCCUCAGAUAUUCAAAAAGCACCCGCAGAAGAAACUCGAGUUGCGCAGGCUAUAGGUGGCGGGGCACAUACUGACGAUGAUGAUCUUCAGGCUAGACUGGACAGUCUUCGACGAUGA